UCAAAAGAAGACGAUUUCGCGUGAUACUGAGCAGAGCCGCGUUGAUCAAGUCAAGGAAGACACAGACAUGAGCUUCGCGUCCGAGACGACCACUGAUCAGGGGAGCCUCAGCGACGUGGUGCACGAAGGGACGUCGUCCCGCGCGAGCGCCACGAGCAGCAGCGGAGCUAGCUGUCAGCAGGACGGUGAUCUGGGCGGCGACGGGAGCGAGAGCGAAUCGUACGUGGAGGUGGAGCAGCUGGGAGACGACGGAGGCUCCGCACCGCCGGGUUUCCCGUCGCUGACCACCCCAACCGUCCUUACUUCGCCCGCUCCGUCCCCGCCGUGCAACGGCAACGUCGUGAGACACGUAACGAAGAGGACGCUCAUCACGCUGCACCAGCGAAGCGUGCUAGAGGAGUACUACCGGAACGGGAUGACCAGCGCGUCUCAGCAGUUGGCGGAGGUGCACGAACUGGUGGCGGCCAAGACAGGACUAGACAUCACCGUUGUGCGGAGGAGGAGAGUUAUAAUGGAGAGUGUUGAUAGAGAGCAUCAGCAACCAAUGGAAGUGAAACCGCACCAGCAGCCUGUGGAGAUCAAGGAGGAUCCGACAGAGGUGCGCUACGUGCUCACCCAGAAAGGUGGCCAGGCACUGCUCUAUGGCGGGCACUGCUUCUACAAAGUGCGAGACGGCGAGAACAGAAAGACAUUCUGGAGGUGCUCCAAGUACAGGACCGAAUCGUGCGAGGUUCGCGUGACCACGCUCGAAGAUCAGGUCGUGGGUAUCCGAGGGCAACACAAGCACCCGGCCGAAAACAACUCUGAUCGUAUCCGGGCAUCUUCCGAGACCCAGUUGAACUGGAUCAGGAACCGCAGGAGACCCAACGCUGCGAAAAUGGCAGAGAAACUGGCAGAGAAGAUUGCUCCGUACACCAUCGCCGCGACUUCCUCCCUCCCCUCCCAGCUGCCGACACUCAUCCACUCCAACCCCACCUCCCUCCCCACUCUCACCACCUUCCCACACCCCAUGGUCGUCACGACUACCAACCACCAUCACAACCUGGCCACUCCGGGACUGAUAAGGGUGACAGACACCGCUCCCCAUAUUCCCGUAAUUCCAUUUGGCUCCCAUCUCACUGGCCCGGAAGCGAAACGCAUCUGUCUGGACCAUAACAUUCAUCACAGUAAGCUCUCUCUCUUCUCACUCUAGUUGAGUAGACCAUAGCCCCUUGUAAUUAUGUCACCGCUAGCACAACACACAAAGGGUGUUCUGACUGGUGAAGCCCCUAAUAAUCAGGACAC